AUGGCGCUGACCAGCGACAACGUCAAGUUUCUCGCAGUCGCCCGCGGGAGCGACAAGGCCAUCAUCGCGUCGUACGCCCAUACGAAGAAGGACAAGGAAGAGUCGCCCAAGUACUUGGACAUGCUCACCAAGGUGCUGCGUGCGCCGACGUGGAAGCAGCAGGUUGCACCCAACAGCCGCCACACGCUCGACUGCGAACCCAACAAAUUUCACUUCACCAUGGACAACGACGAGAUCGUCUAUGUGGCGAUCACGGCCGCCGACUACCCGGUCCGGCUCGCGUUCAAGCUUCUGGCGGCCGUGCAGGAAGAGAUGACUGGAAAGCACGCGGCCAAGCUACCGACGGUCAAAGAAGGCGGCCUCGACAAGGAGUGCGCCAAGGGCCUCAGCGUCAUCGCGACGACGUACGAUGACCGCACCAAGGUCGACAAGCUCGCCGAGGUCAUGGCGCAAGUCGACGCUGUCAAGAGCACGAUGCAGGAGAACAUCCAAGUCGUUCUCUCCAACACGGAGAAGAUGGAAAUGGUCGAGCAAAAGUCCAACGACCUCAGCGAACAGGCCAAGGUCUUUCGCAACACGGGCAAGAGCCUCUCGCGGGCCAUGUGGUGGAAGAACGUCAAGCUCACAAUCGCCCUCGGCCUCGUUGUGAUCGUGGUCCUGCUCAUUCUCUUGGCCGCGCUCGGCGUCUUCAAGACGAGCAGCACGACGACAACCCCCAGCUCCGGGACAACCGCACCGCCUGCAACGACAGCACCGCUGCCGACGACCGCCCAUCUGCGCCACCUCGUCACCUCUCAAUUCCAUUAA